AUGACUGAGCAAGAAUUUGAGGGGCAGGAAGGCAAGAGUGAAGGCAUCGCGCACCAACCAAGAACCAACGAAAACACUCUAGUACGGAAGCCGCGAACAAAGACGCACAACGGCAAUUCCGAGAAUGACACCGAUUCAGAGGUCCUGGUCGAGAAAACAUUUGAUGACAAUGCUGGGAAGGUGCCGUCGACACAAUGUCUCUUCUGCCCCUUCCUCUCUUCCACUCCCACAACAAACCUGGAGCACAUGUCCACCCACCAUAGCCUCUUCAUUCCCGAACCCUCACACCUUUACUCCCUAGAAUCCCUGCUGUCAUACCUUGCAAUUCUCGUUUUCGAGUACCACGAGUGUCUAUACUGCGGACUGGAGAAAGGCACCGUAGACGCUGUACAAACGCAUAUGCGGGAUAAAGGACACUGCAUGAUCGACAUGUCUGAACUCCUCGAUUUCUGGGAUUUUGGAACCAAUCAAGAGUAUGACGAUGGCCGAAAAGAUGCGAAAGAGAGCAAGCUAUUAGAUAUUGAGAUGCUUCUCCCAUCCGGACGGGUCAUCAACUCCCAACACAAUCGUGGUAACGAGACAUUGUCAAAAACGACCAGGCCAAGACUCGCAUCAUCACACCGCCACGCUUCGCAACAUCGUCGAACCAAAAGAUCUGCGGCCAUCGCCCAUACACAAGAUCAAGACCAAGAAACUCCAAUAAACCCACCAUCAAGACAAUUAGCCUUGCACAGCCACAACAAUGACCGACAUCUUACCACCACCCCGCGUACAGCCCAAGGUCUCACAGGCCUCUCAGAUCAACAAAUCCGUACGCUUCAGCUGGUGGAUAAAAGGAUGAAGAGUAAAGAGGAGAGUGCCAAGGCAAAAGUACGGUAUGCGGCGCAACAGCAGCCAGUCAAGACCAUAUAUUAUAAGACUGAGAAUCCGGUAUAUCAGGCUGGGUGA